AUGUCUGCCUCGCCGCCGCAGCCAACGUCAACGAAGCGUCCCUUGGAGGAGGCUUCUUCGCCAUCUCGUGCUACGGACCAACCCGACGCGAAGCGCCCUGCACUUGAUAAGGUCAUCAAGAAUGACGAGGAGACUGAGGCCAGUGAAUCCACCCUCGAUGUCGCCGACAAGAAUGGAGAAGAAGAUGGCACCAAAUCCGAUCAGCCUGAUGUCCACGUAACAGACGCUGGCAGCGAUACCAAGAUUGCCGAUCCGUCCACCGCAACUGCAUCAAGCGACAAUGCUGCCAACACGGCAGCUGCCCACGACGAGACGUCUUGGAUUCACAUUCGUGCUGUCAUUUCGAGCCCUGAGGCCGCUACCAUUAUUGGCAAAGGUGGCGAGAACGUUUCUAACAUUAGGAAGAUGUCGAAUGCUAAAUGCACCGUCAGCGAUUAUCAAAAAGGUGCUGUUGAGAGAAUCCUGACAGUCAGCGGGAUAGUAGACGCUGUUGCCAAGGCUUUCGGUUUGAUUAUUCGUACGCUGAACAACGAGCCACUGGGUGAGGCCUCCACAGCUUCGUCCAAGACGUACCCUCUUCGUCUGCUGAUCCCUCACAUCUUGAUUGGCUCCAUCAUUGGUAAGGGUGGUGCCAGGAUUCGAGAGAUUCAGGAAGCUUCUGGUGCUCGACUCAAUGCUUCUGAUUCUUGCCUGCCCAUGUCAAGCGAGCGAUCUCUUGUUGUGAUGGGUGUUGCCGAUGCCGUCCACAUCGCUACCUAUUACGUUGGCAGCACGCUUCUGGAGCAGCUCAAUGAACGAUUCGGAGGUCCGGCCGCUUCAGCAUAUGCCACUCGCAGCGGUGCCCCUGCAGGAUCUAUCCCCGGUGGUAUGCAAGUCGUUCCAUACUCUCCUCAACCUGCAUCAGGCCACUAUGGACGACCAGAAAACUACGGCCGCCACCAAGAUCGUCGCACGCACCACGCGCCACCAGCUGCUUACCCGCCACAUUAUCCUCAUGGUGCUGCCCCUCCUAAUCCCGCAAUGCCUAUGCAAUAUGGUGGCCAACAAGCGGCUUAUGGCGGUGCUCCCCAUGCUCAGCAGCAUAUGCCCCCUCACGUUGGUCCCCAGCCUCACGGCGGCCCUCAAGGACAACCCAUGCACUCUGGUAUGCCUGGUGGCCCUCUUACGCAGCAAAUCUACAUUCCCAACGACAUGGUUGGUGCUAUCAUUGGAAAAGGCGGCCAAAAAAUCAAUGAGAUUCGACAAAUCAGCGGCAGUGUCAUCAAGAUUAAUGAACCCCAGGACAACAGCAAUGAGCGACUAGUCACAAUCACCGGCACGGAAGAGUGCAACCGUAUGGCGCUGUACAUGCUCUACUCAAGACUUGAAUCUGAGAAGCACCGAGUUUGA